AUGAGCCCUUUAUCUGAAAUAUUUUACAGACAAGUCACAAUUACCGAUAAUAAAUCAAAUAUCUACAAUGUGUUCUAUCUAUAUUUAUUCACUAAUUCUGACUCAUUAUUUCUAAAAGAAAUCAUAGAAUACAUUAGAAUCCGAAACAUAGACGAUCCAGAAGAUUUGUCAACAUGUGUAGAUAACAGCAAAAACAAGAGGAAAGAUGGGAAAAACAAAGAAAAAGAUGAUCCCAAGGAAAAACAAACAACACAUGAUAAUGGUUCGCCCAAAAAACAAUGCUAA